UACAAUCUCUCGCUUCCAAUCCGAUUCUUUCAACCAUCCAGUUUGGAUAGAGUUUAUCCUAGGUGCCAAUGCUCAGAUCGCCACCGAGGACACUGAUGGAAACAUCUCCGUUCUCAGUCACGGCACACAUUUGGUGCCAUGUGGCGCUCUUCCUAGUGGUCAUCACCCUGCUAUAACCGCAUUGUCGAGAAAUGGAUACUUUAUUGUCCGAGUCCCUCGAACUCUUGAUGAGAAUUGGUACAGAAAUGUCGCACUCCUAUAUUUUUCAGGAGAACCAUCCAUUCGGCUCCUUGUAUCUCCUUUGGCUCCUUCCACUGCUCCUCAACGUUCAUCUACUCCUCAACAUCACACAGUUGGAUUCUCUCCUGGAGGCCGAUAUGUAGGUGCUUACGAUGCGAACUGCGCUUUCGUCUGGUCAACGGAUACAUCUGAGUUGGUUGCUCAAUAUCAUGUGCAAAAUUCUGCAUUCUGGGUUUUUAAUCCCGGUCAUGUUCUUCCCCUCUCAUAUCCCAUUCCUACGCCUAUAUUUGGCGCCCACGCCUUCCGAGCCAGAUUCAAGUCAUGACGCGGACGAAUCCUGGGUGAAACGCCCUUUUUAUGACCUCUCGUCAAGCAUGGAGAGAAAGACUAUGGCUGGAGAGCGUGAUAAAGCCAAUGAGCGCGAUACAGCCUCUGCCCACUCCUCAGCGAUAGGGCGGAUACCAUUUCUUCGCAAUGACAUCGGUUCCGCGAAUUUACUGGUCUUCUUUAAUGGACAAGUCGAACUCAUUGUCCAACCCAAGUUCCGCCCAGCCUUUACAUACGCGUAUCUUUCCUCCAGCGAGAAUAAACCCUGGUACGGUGACCUGGUGUUCCAGGAUCAGAGCAUACCUUCCCCAUAUCACUUUCCUCGGGCUAGCAAGGACGGGACUCGAUUUCUGCUCCAGGGCCGAAUGAGAACCCCGGUGGUCGUCGAUAUCAGCCAAGUUGUUGUUUAGUACCUCAAAAUGCACGUCCCCCUCCUUGGGUUGACUGUUUUGGAGAGUACUUGAUGGUUAUGGUUGUACGUACAUAACGAUGUC